AUGUUUGCAUUAUCUAUCUAUCUAUCUAUCUAUCUAUCUAUCUAUCUAUCUAUAGCAGCACGUUUUUCUUUCUUUCUUUAUAUCUUUCUUUCUUUCUUUCUUUCUUUCUUUCUUUCUUUCACUCGCAGUCUUUUCAUUACUAUCUAUCGAUCGAUCUCUGCUUGUCUUUCUUUCUUCCUUCCUAUUUUUUUUCUUUCUUUCUCCUGCAGUCGGUUCAUUACUAUCUAUCUAUCUAUCUAUCUAUCUAUCUAUCUAUCUAUCUAUCUAUCUAUCUGUUUAAUCAAAUCUAUCCCAAACUGUUCAUAUCUAUCUAUCUAUCUAUCUAUCUAUCUAUCUAUCUAUCUAUCUAUCUAUCUCAGCUUAUCUUUCUUCUUCCUUUCUUUCGCAGAAGUGAUGCAGUCAAUCGAGAAAACUGGUUUGUACGAACUGAAUAAAAGCGAACUUACUUUUGGUGCCAAAACAGCCUGGAGGAAUGCUCCGCGGUGCAUCGGGAGAAUACAGUGGUCAAAAUUACAGGUGUUUGAUGCUCGACAUAUAAAAACGGCACGAGGCAUGUUUGAGGCAAUUUGCAACCAUAUAAAAUAUGGGACAAACAAAGGAAAUAUCAGGUCAGCAAUUACUAUUUUCCCUCAAAGAACUGACGGUAAACACGAUUUCCGAAUAUGGAACGCCCAAAUUAUCCGAUACGCAGGCUACAAAAACCCUGACGGUAGCAUCACUGGAGACCCCGAAACGGCUAAUAUUACCCUAUCUAUCUAUCUAUCUAUCUAUCUAUCUAUCUAUCUAUCACAGUCUGUUUCUUUUUUCUUUCUUUCUUUCGUUCUUUCUUUCUUUCUUUCUAUCUAUCUAUCUAUCUAUCUCAUUCUACUCAUAUAUAUUUAA